AUGAGACUCUCAUUAGUUAACAAAUUACUGUGCAGUUCUAUGCAACUGGUAGCGUUCAUGUCGUUAGCGCAAGCCAACGAAGAAUACCCGUAUCUAAAUGCCUUAGGUAGUACCAGCACUGGAUGGGUGCUUCAGCCAGAUCACUUUAUAGAACUUGACCUGACGAAUGAAACUAUCUGGCAACUAUACAAGGAGGACAAUGCGACUGAAGUGCCAUUCACGAAGUGGUCCUUUAAUGGAACACUAGUAUCAUCUGAACAGUUUGAUAUGAACGUAUUUAACACGACUACCGAUUUGUUUAAGCGUAGGAACGUCGAUAUCUGCUGGAAGAAACUGUUCACUGACUCAGUAUGCACCGCUGUUACCAAUUAUGCUACCGAAGCCGUUACUAACAUAGCGCAUGCUGUAUAUGUGCGGGCUCAUGCCGGCACAUGCGGCGUCAGCGAGGGUAGCUCAGCCGGUGUUUAUUAUAAAUAUUGGGCUUCGAGCGGACAUUGUGCAUCUACAGUAGAAGAGAAGACUAUAGAUGGCGCUGUCCAAUGGGGAUUUGAUGAGUGGGUCACCAAUGGGAGUAUGUGCGCCACAUAUACGUUAAGUUUAAGCCAUGGUGGAUCUUGGUUAGGAUACCUGGUUUUGGGUCCUUCAGCAUCUGUAUGGUUCACCACUACGUCGGUACCCUCAUCUAGUAGUUGCUAUAGCAAAGGAUGUGGGACUGCACACGCUUUCGACAAAUGCUAG